CCUGGUUUCAUCCGUUGCCAUGUAACGUCACUACCCGCCAGGCCUGGCAGCAGAUCGCCGAUCUGUCAGACUCGGCCGUGGAUUGCUAGUCCUGCGCUGCGUCGUGUACCCGGCUCCGUGGCUACUGGUGUCGCCGCCGCUGCCCUCAGCUGUCCCGGACAUGGGCUUAUCUCUGAGUUCCGAGGCCCCGGACGCCGGCAACGAGGGCUACCAUGUACAUGGGGUGCAGGAGAAUUCGCCGGCCCAGAAAGGAGGACUGGAGCCUUUUUUUGACUUUAUCAUCGCGAUCGGACACACGAGGCUGAACAAAGAAAACACGAUGCUCAAGGAUCUCCUGAAAGCCAACGCCGAAAAACCCGUAAAGCUGGAGGUUUACAGCACGAAGACGAUGAAAGUGCGCGAGCUGGAAGUCACCCCCAGUAAUAUGUGGGGAGGAGAGGGGCUCCUGGGGGCCAGCGUUCGCUUCUGCAGCUUCCAAGGAGCCAACGAACACGUGUGGCACGUACUGGAAGUCGAACCAUCGUCGCCGGCUGCCCUUGCCGGUCUGAGGCCGUUCACCGACUACAUCGUGGGAUCAGACCAGAUCCUGCAGGAGUCUGAGGAUUUCUAUUCCUUGAUAGAGUCUCACGAAGGGAGACCGCUGAGGCUGCUGGUAUAUAACACGGAGAGCGAUUCCUGCAGAGAGGUGCUCGUCACCCCCAAUGGAGCGUGGGGCGGAGAAGGAAGCUUGGGGUGCGGAAUCGGAUAUGGGUACUUGCAUAGGAUUCCCGCGCAGGCUCGUACGCCCCAGAAAAGCGGUGAGGUAACCCCCCGGUCACCGUCGCCGUCGCAAGAGCCUGUUGUGGCGCCCACUAGUGGUUACACCGAGGCUCCGCUGAUGCCGGCAGAACCUCAGACUGACCUUUCUGCAGACGCUCUCCCCCCGACCGACCUCCAAGAACCACAGACCCUCAGCAAUCCUGCAGAAGGGUCUCUGGUCCUCCCUCCCCCCGUACAGCGGGUGAUGCAUCCAGGUUUUCCUGAUGUCUCCGACCUUCCGGUGCCUGAAAUCCCCGACUUAACAAAACUCAUCGGUGUGACGGCUCCCGAUUUGUCAAACUUAAUGGCGGACGUCCUCGGGGCAACAGACAAGUCUCUGCAUGCCGAGGAGCUGAGUGCUCAUACAGCCCAACCGAACGUUCCGGAUCCGUCUCCCGACUCCUUCAAGCCCCCAUCUGCUUCGAAUCACUUGCUUACUCCGGACCCUCGCGCGGACCCUGCCCCGUGUAUCGCGGAAGACGAUCUGGGAGUUAAAUCUUUGCCUGAUCCGGACACCAUACCCAUGUCCUCGCAAGACGACGGCAGAGCCCCCAAAGACCCCGCAAUAUUAAAAGAUGAAGAGAAAGAAGAGUAAUUGGAAAGUGUUGGAGGUUAAAGAGACAGCUGUGCCAAUCCAUGACCAGCCCCCCCGGGCAGCAGAUCGUCUUUAUAUUGUUAUAAAAUAAUAAUAAUAAUUUUUAUACAAAGGACACUUUUAAUUAUUGAGACGUCUUUAUUGCUACUCAAACCCCGAUGAUUAUCACCGGAAUCCAAAUUCAUCGCAAUCAGCCUCAAAUCUGUGCUUCGUUAGAGGGACUUGUCAGUCCAUUGAGGGUCUUGGGCUUGUACGAUGUAAGAUGACCCGUAUAUUUAUACCGAUAUAUAUAUAUAAUAUACAUAUCUACCAGAUUAUCGAGUCACGAUGCAAGGCGUAUACAGGAUUCUUGCAGAAUAAUAUGCAGAAUUUAUAUAUUUUUUGGCAAAUAUCUUCCAAAACGGUUCUUCUGCAUGCCGGCGUUAUUCUUUGCGUUAUUUCUGAGCAUGUACGACUUGGCGAUGCUUUUUCCUUCCCGCAAAAAAAUAAUAAUAA